AUGUAAAAAAAAUUUAACUAAUUUGCUAAUGAGAGCAAGGAUAGUACGAUGAAUCUUUUUAGAGUUAGACCAUAAUUCUUAACUCACGUCUCUCCUCUGGCUGUUGAAGAGGCUCAUAAAAAUUUCUUUAGUGGAUCAAAGGAACUUUUAGAUAAAAUACCCGAUCAUGAAAAAGGACCGAGACAGGAUUCGAAAGGGAAUAUUGUCAAGUAUACGGUUGUGGGAAGUGUGCAAUAGUUUUUGGCUGAAAAAUCAAGAAGUUAAUAAUAACAUAGAAAACCUGCAUAGAUAAAGGUUACUGCAAAUUCACAAGCAACUCCUUCUACUCUAUAAUAAAAUGAGUAAUCAGAAAGAAUGGUUUUCAGUUCUAAAGAGUAAUCUAGUAAGGAUAUUUAAUAAAAAAAGAAUAAAGUUAAAACUAAGGAAUUUUAGGAAGUAAUCUUAAAUGAUGAUCAAGUUUAAGAACAUAUUCAAUAGAUCUAAUAGAGGAUUGAAAGGAAUAAAAUAGAAAAUGAAAAAAAAACUAGAUAAUUGUAAAGUAGAAUGUCAAAAGGAGAAUCCUUAAAAAUGAGUCAGUGUGAAAGAGUGAUUGAAACAUUUGAUUAGGUUCAAUAGGAUUGGGACUUGACAAAAAUAAAAUUAGAAUCUAAAAUGCAAAGAUUACCAGGUCAAUCACUUUUGGAUAGAAUAGAAUAACAUAGGGUUAAGGAAGAAAUGAAAAGGCUACUUGAUGCUUUGACACCAAUAGAAGUGAAACAAGGCAAUUAAUUUUGGCGACUGGGAUUACGAAAAAAAGACUCGAAUAUUAAACCUAAGACUUUUGUGGAUUUAUUUGAAAAAAAUUAUUAGGUCUAUGGCAAUCCUAAAUCUCCAUAAGUCGAAAUUGUUAGAAGGUCUUCCUUAAGUCAACUUGAUUUUAAACCUUUCAGCACAUUCACGUCUCAAUCUGCUCUAAACAAAAAGCUUUCUGAAAAUUCUGAUCUUAUUUUGAAAUUAAUGCCAACCGUCCCUGACGAUGUUGGGAAUCUCGAAAUUGUUGGCAAAAAUGUACUUGAAUAGGAGAUUAUUUAAUUACGAUCUCAAUCUCAUAAAAAUUCGUUUCCUUACGUAAGAUUCAGCAAUAAUUCAAAUUAUGAAAAGUAUAUUAUGAAAGUUCCUACAAAACCAGAAACAUAAUAGGAUGAGGAAAUCAUAGAGGAAAAUUAUGAUAGAAAGCGGCUAUUGUCUUAGGGGAGACUUUCCGAAAUUAAAGGGUAUUACUGA